AUGUCAUGCGAACUGGAGCCUCCGCCCAUAGAGCCUCCUGGCUACCGUGAUUGGAGGCGGUUCCUCCUUGAGGAUACUGCUGCAGCAUGCGAGAUGGGAAACAGUGAAGGCAAACCAUAUUUCAAGUUUAUGGCAGACACGGAGUUCAUGAUUAGCAGCAAGCAGAAAAAUGCCGAGGCUGAACCUCUCGACGACCUGGCGGUUUUUGCUUGGGAUAAGGACGAAGGGGUCUGGGUCCUGGAGGGGUCAGCAGAAAUAUUUGAUAAUCUUCGACGCCUGCUUGGUCGAGAUCUCCUGCUCUGGCAUGAGGCGCUGGAAAGAUGUGGAGCAGUUUACUAUAGCCACUGGCGUUAUUGUCCAUGGAGCAAAGCUGCCCUUGAGGUCUCAGUUAAAAAUGGCUUUGGAUAUAGACCUUUCUUUCAGAGAAUCUCCGACCUUCGAAGUCUACAGGAUUUUGAAGUGGAGGAUGCAAAGCUCUGA